GGCCUGCUUGAACUGUGGUGCUAUUCCACUGGAUGGAGACAGCUGAGAUCUGGAAAGGUAAUGGGAUGGACUACUGAAGCUAUGUUUAGAAUCCCCCUCUGUCCCCGAUGCCUUUAAGAGAAGAGUGAAGACAGACACACAGCAUAAGGCGGGUGAGAGGAAAUGUUAUCAGACUUCUCAAAUAAAAGAUAAAGCAGCGGAAACACUUUGACAAAGAACGCAAUCAGGCCUUUCUCCUUUCAAGGCAACAAAAAGGAGCAAGAUAUGGCUACAGCCGCCAGCGUUCUGUCUAAGGAGCAGCUCCUUUGCCCCAUCUGUCUGGAUGUGUUCAACCAGCCCGUCUCCACGCCGUGCGGGCACAACUUCUGCCGUGACUGCAUCCAGAGAUACUGGCAGAGCACCAGUCUGCCGCAGUGCCCCAUGUGCAAACACAAGCUGUUCAAGAGGCCCGACCUCAAAGUCAACACCUUCAUAUCGGAGGUUGCUGCUCAGUUUAAAGAGCACGUGGAAAUGAAGUAUCAAGACGAGCUCAGUGGGACGGAUCAAGCAAGCUACACGGGAAACGUUUCUUGUGACGUGUGCGUCGGUAAACGGGUGAAAGCCUUGAAAUCCUGUCUAGACUGCCUGGCUUCAUUUUGCCAGACUCAUCUGGAGCCCCAUCACGUUCUAGGCACCCUCAAGAAACACACCCUUAUCAGCCCAAUGAUGAACAUGCGGGACAGACUGUGCAAGAAGCACGAGAGCCUCCUGAACCUCUUCUGCCACACUGACCAGAUGUACGUCUGCCAGGUCUGUGUUGGGGAGGACCACAAGGCACACCGUACGGUUCCUAUAGAGCGCGAAGGCCGAGACAAGAGAGCGCAGAUCGGAAGGAUGAACGUGGAAGUGCAAGACGGCAUCCACGGUCGGCUUCAGAAAAUGUGCGAAGUCGGUCAAGCUGUCCAGCUCAGCAGAAGAAACUCAGAAAAAGAGGUUGAAGAGAGUUUGCACGUCUUUAACAAACUGCUGCAAGUUGUUAAGACAGGCCAAGCUGAGGUGGUCGAGGCUAUCUCAGCUAAGCAGAGGUGCGUCAGUAGCAGGGCUAGUGGGGUUAUAAUGGAGCUUGAGCAAGAGAUUGAUCAGCUGACAAACAGGAGCACUGGGCUGGAGCUGCUCUCACAGACAAACGAUGAUCUCUACCUUCUUCACAGCUUUCCGGCUUUCUCCGCCAAACCAAGCACCAAAGAUUGGUCUGAAAUAUUGGUGCAAAGUGCAGUCUAUGUGGGGACGGUGAGAAGGGCACUCAGGAGGACCGCAUGCCAGCUUGAAGAAACCAUAAAGGCAGAGGUGCAGAGGCUUUGCGAGACCGAAUUUGAGCGGGCAAAAGCUUACGCCGUGGACGUGACUUUGGAUCCGGACACGGCUCAUCCCAAACUGGUGCUUUCUGAAAACCGGAAGCAGGUCUAUCACAGCGACGUGGCUACGGAGUGGGAUGUCCCGAGGCAUUCCGUCUCUCCUGUGCUCAGAGCGGUUGUCUGGACAAUGCUGUCUUCUGGCAUCCUGUUGGCGCUCUGCUUUCUGUUGUUCACCCUGCGCUUCAAAAACAACAGGAUAGUGAAGAUGUCCAGCCCCAACCUGAAUGUUCUGACUCUCUGUGGAAGCGUCCUCACAUGUAUCAGCGGCUUCCUGUUUGCAAUCGAUGAACGAGCUCCCACCCAGGCUGAAGUGUCUGUUACCGUGCUUCAAGCUCGGAUAUGGACGCUUUGCAUUGGAAGCACUCUGGUUUUCGGGCCAAUUUUGGGGAAGACCUGGAGACUCUACAGAGUUUUCACUCAGCGAGUUCCGGACAAGAGAGUGAUCAUCCGAGACAUCCAGCUGAUUGGCAUGGUGGUUCUAUUGGUCCUGUUGGACAUCUUGGUUCUCACCACCUGGAAUCUCACAGACCCGCUCAGAUGUUCCCAAUCUCUCAGAGCCGUUGCCAAGGCGACUGAGAGAGACACCUCCUACUCUUUGUCACAGCUGAACUCUUGUUCCUCUGAAUACUCAAACAUCUGGGUCGUCAUUAUUGCUGUUCAGAAAGGUUGCCUUCUCCUCUAUGGCACUUACCUGGCCGGGCUCACCAGCAACGUCAGCCAUCCUCCAGUCAACCAGUCUCCCACCAUCAUAACCACCGUCACACUGGUCACCUUCUGCUCUGCCGUGGCCGUCCCCGUGUUCGUCUUCCUGCACGCCUGGCCCAACUUGGUCUACAGCACCGUGGCUGGAGCCAUCUUCAUCUGCACACUGGCCACCAACUGCAUGCUGUUUGUGCCGCAGCUGACCCAGUGGCGACAGUUUGAGGAGGACCAGAACAACCCAAGUCAAAUGGCCAAGUAUUUCAGCAGCCCCAGCAAGAGCCAGCCUUCCGUGUACAGCCAGGAUGAUAUCUACUUCCUACUGGGGGAGAACAGCUCAAUGAAAAAGCUCCUGAGUGAGAAGAAUGCUGCGAUUGACAGUCUUCAGGAGCAGGUCAACAAUGCCAAGGAUAAACUCCUGAGGCUCAUGACAGCAAGCCAGCACCUCGGGGACCAGGAUGUUGAUUCCUCUGCCACUCACCUCAACUCCUCCUCCACCCAGACAACUGAGCUUCAGUACGAAGGAACCUCCUCUUCCUGUUUACCUCAGAGAGACACGAAAUCCAGACUUUUACUUCCUCCCUCCUCCCAUAAUCUCCCUCUGCCUCCUGAUCCCUCGAACGCACUUAUGACGUCCUCCUCUGUCCGAAACACAAUGGACCUCCAUCCUGUUUCUCCGCCCUUCGCUGAUAACGUAUCCCUGAGGGGAACCCUGAAAGAUGUCUCCAACUCUGCAGCCAGAGACGCAGCAGAGUCCACGGUGAGAGAGGAUCUCAACCAGCCUUUGCCUCGCACGUAUCCUGGAAGGACAGCGGAAGACGCUGUCCACUUUGUCACCUCUCUGCAAAGCCCUAGAAGACUGAAUCCCUUUCAGGCGGAAAACCUUUUCAGUUACGGCGGCCUGUCGCUGCAGAUGGGACCAAAUCCCAAACUGACUGGUUUCGUCAGCAGCGAGCAGCUACAGGAGAUCCUCCAGGAGCUGAGCAUGGAUGCCGCCUCGGAGACGGCGCUCCGAGCUCCAGGUCAGGCAUCCAGGGCGUCUUCUCAGCCCAAACUGAACACCUUGUCCCCUUUGUCUCUCUGCUCCCCUCGUUCAGCCUCGCUCUUCCACUACCCCAGCAUCUCUCCACGCGGGAUGAGAAAACGCCGGCCUCCCUUCCAGACCUCCAGGAGAGCUUUGUCCCCUUCCUGCUUCUACAGAGGCUCCGACGUUCCAGUUUGUGGACUGAAAGGAGACACCCGUGAACACCAAAAUCCAGACGAUACACGUUCCCACGUUCACGUCAGCGUCUCCGAUUUAGGAAGGUCCGUGGAGGAGAAAGAGGGGAGGGAUAAAGAUGAAGAAGAGACAAUGGAGAAGUGUCCCAGGUGUGCUUUCAGGUCUCACAGAUGCCCGCUCUGUGCCGGACAGAACUGCGCCCCUCAGGAGGAAGACGGCAGUGGCAGGCAGCGCCAUCGGUGCAUAAGAGACUCCAGCGGAUACUGGGAUUCAGACUCUAGCAGCUCCACAGAUUACUGCUACUACCACCGACCUUACUGUGAUUCCUGCCUGGGGAGAGGCUCCUUCCUGUGCUCAGACAGCUCCUCAGACUCGUCCGACAGCGAGUUCGAGGAUUACACGAACCUCUACGCCCCUCCGCGGCCCGUCGUGUUCAAAGAUGACCUCAAACCUACUUUAGUAUGAGAACAUGUUUAGCGCACUUUAUGUGUUAUUUAAAAUGUGUCCGCCACUUGAACUUGCAGUACUUUGAAGAAUUAUUUUUCCCCCCGCAGGAUGAAUUUCUUUUUUCUUUUCUUUUUGUCUCGCUUAAACGUUUUGGAUCAUCAGACACAUUUUGUCAUCAGACGAACGAUAACUUGAGUAAACACAAAAUGCAAAUCAACCUUGACCUGUUGAAAAAAGUAAUUAUCCCCUAAAACUAAUCCCUGGUUCCCUGGAAAACCUUGUCAGCAACAAAAGCCAUGAAAUGUUGCCGAUGACUGAUAUCGGGUAUUGGAGGAAUUUUAGUUUCCUAUUUUGUGUUUUUUUAUUUUGCAGAAUUGUUUCAGUUCAGCCUCAUUGGAGGGUUUUCAAGCAUGAACUGUGUUUCAGGUCACUUUGCAGCAUCAGAUUUAAGCCUUUGACUAGGCCACUCGGAAACGUUGACUUUUGUUGUGGAGUUGUUUUGUUUUGUGACAGUCACAGUUGGACUUGCAGUUUUGUUUUUGUAGAAUAUUGCAUACAUAACCCAAGAGCACUGGCGUUUUAGGGUAAAGUACUGAUCGUUUGGUUGUUGUUAUGAUAUACACCAGAAAUACCAGGAUGCACACCUUCCAAAAGGUUCUGCUUUUGUCUUGUCAGUUCACAGGAUUUUUUCCCCCCAUUAGUGUUUUAGGCAAUCAAAUUGUUUUUGUCAGCAGUGGUUUUUAACUUGGAAUUAUCUCAUGGAUAACAUUUUUUGUCCAGCUAUUUUCUAUUGUUGAAUAAUGAACACUAGCCUUAAAUGAGGCUCGCAGUGCUUCAGAGGUUGUUCUAGGUUGUUGUGUGAGUUGUGGAUGUGCUCGUGAAGUAAUUUUGCAAUGCUGGCCUCUCCCUGUAAUCUCCUGUUCAAUGUUUUCUCCAUUUGAGAAUAACCAAUCUCAGUCUAGAUUGCUGGAUUCCCAAAGCCUUAUUGGUGGCGUUAUAAGCCUUUUCAGACUGAUAGAUGUCAGUUACUGUGUUUCUCAUGUUUUCUCUUUGUUUGUGUUGCUCUUUGAGAUCUUUUAGUCAACUUCAUCUUGUAAGACUGGUUCUAUCUGAAUUAAUUCAUGAUUUUACAGGUCUGAUAGUAAUCCAGACUAGUGAAAUUCAACCAGAAAAUCUGGUUAAUCACCGUUUAAUAAUGAUUUAACAAGGGGCUCAAUUAUCUUUACAGAUAGUUGACAAGUUGUUUCGGCUACAAUUUUUCCCCUUAAUAAAUAAAAUCGUCAUUUGAAAA